AUGUCAAGAAAAUCUUUUCAUAUUCUGAAUCCACAAAUCUAUCCUGUAAAAAUCUGCCAUGUCCUCCUCAGUUGCACCGUCAUGGAUUACGGGGCAACCAAAGGCAUAGCCCUCCGCCAUGUAGAUCCUGAUGCUGGCAAACGACACCAACUUCAUGAUCGAACUCUGCUCCGAUCCACACUUGACAUAAAACUAGAAAACCUUCACCGGAGUUUACUUCUUCUCUCCCGCCGGCGUGUUGGCUUAAUUAGGUUCUGUACUUAUCAUCUGCCUUCGUCUUUAUCCUCGAAUAAUGGUUCAACUCCAGAGUCCUUGAACGAGAGGUAUUGUUAUUCAGUUGAUCUUUACGCCCAACGGCUCGCAAGUGUAACAUACGUGAAGGAUGUUGUGUCUGGGUCGUGGGCAUUACAAGGAGUUGUCUCCGGUGCAGAGGACAAAAGGGCAGAGCUUUACAUUGAGUGUGCAUUGUAUAUAGAUGGAGCUCCUUUUGGCCUUCCCAUGAGAACAAGAUUGAACACUACAGGACCAGCAUACUUGUGGAACGAACUCAUCACUCUCAGUUCAAAAUAUCGUGACUUGACUGCUCACUCGCAAGCUGCCAUCACGGUAUGGGAUGUUUCGUGCAGAAAAGAUGAGGGACUGAUUGGCAGUGCCACGAUCCUUCUCUUUAACAGCAAGAUGCAAAUGAAAUCAGGAAAGCAGAAUCUUAGGCUCUGGCAAGGGAAGGAAGCUGAUGGUUCAUUUCCCACCUCUACUUCUGGAAAGGUUCCACGGCAUGAGCGAGGUGAGGUAGAGCGUUUGAAAGGGGGCAGAUCGAAAGAAUUGAUUGGCUGGACCGACUUAUGUUGA